GCCGUUCUGCAUUCCCAGAGCGCGUCUUCCACCUCGCCGACCCCCAUAGUGCUCUCCGGAGCGCUUUUAAUACGCGCGCACGCCUCCCGUCUCGAGGCGCGACCCGGCGAGCCCGCGACCCCCGUGCAGCCCUUUUCCGCGGGCGCCCUUCUUCGACCAGGCAGCUAUUCGCGCGCAGCGCGCAUCUAAUACAUCCGGGCGGUGAUACGACACGACACGGCUACCACGGCAGACCCCUUGACUUAGUUAAUACGCGGAGGAAGCGCCCGCCGUGGCCACCGCGAGCGCCGACCCAUCCAGCGGUCUGUAGCGAUCCUCUUACCCUCACCACCUCCUCGACACCGCCAACAUGCCGCCCGGCGCACCUGUCCAGUCAAAAUGUCCGCUCCGGACGAUCAAGGAGAUCCAGUUCGGCCUGCUCUCGCCCGAGGAGAUUAAGGCCAUGAGCGUCGUCCACAUCAUCUACCCGGAGACCAUGGACGAGCAGAAGCAGAAACCGCGCGAGCAGGGUCUCAACGACCCCAAGCUCGGCACGAUUGACCGCAUGUACUCGUGCGCGACGUGCAAGGAGGACAUUCAGGUCUGCCCUGGUCACUUUGGCCACAUCGAGCUACACACGCCCGUCUUCCACGUCGGAUUCGUUGUCAAGAUCAAGAAGCUGCUCGAGACCAUAUGCCACACUUGUGGCAUGAUCAAGGCUGACUUCCAACACCAGAACCACCCCGAUUGGCAUGCGGCCGCCAAGACCAAGGACGCGAAGAAGCGUUUCGACAAGAUCUGGCGCAUGUCGCGGACCAAGAAUGUGUGCGUUCAGGAUGUUGAAGAAAGCGGCAAGGAAAACAAGAUUCCCAAGAUUCCUCACGGCGGCUGUGGCAGCAGGCAGCCCGACACGAUCCGCAAGGAGGGUCUCAAGCUCACGGGAACCUGGAAGCAGAGCAAAAAGGACGAUGACGAUGGCCAAGGCGACCGCAAAGAGGUCAUUACGCCCAAGCAGGCGCAGACGAUUUUCAAGCUCAUGUCCGACAACACGCUUGCUCUGCUUGGUCUGAACGCCGACUACGCCCGUCCUGAAUGGAUGAUUCUAGAUGUGCUCCCUGUACCACCUCCACCGGUAAGGCCAAGUAUUUCCGUCGACGGUACAGGUCAAGGCAUGCGUGGAGAGGAUGACUUGACAUACAAACUGGGAGACAUUAUCCGCGCCAACGGACGCGUAGCUGAGUGCCAGCAAGAGGGUUCGCCUCAGCACGUCACGGCCGAGUUUGAAGCUCUCGUGCAGUACCAUGUUGCGACCUACAUGGACAAUGAUGCCAACGGUGUUCCACAAGCCAUGCAAAAGUCUGGUCGUCCGCUCAAGACGAUUCGUGGUCGAUUAAAGGGCAAGGAGGGUCGUCUUCGUGGUAACUUGAUGGGCAAGCGUGUCGACUUUUCUGCACGUACAGUCAUCACUGGUGACCCCAACCUGUCUUUGGACCAAGUCGGUGUGCCCCGUUCCAUUGCGCGGACGCUCACCUACCCCGAAGUUGUCACAAAAUUCAACAUCAGCAAGCUGACAAACCUGGUCCGCAACGGUCCCAACCAGCAUCCUGGUGCCAACUAUGUCAUCAAAGCAGACGGUGUCCGUCUUGACCUCAAGCACAACAAGAACCUCGACGAUCUGCGGUUGCAGUACGGAUGGAAGGUUGAGCGACACAUUGACGAUGACGAUGUCAUCAUCUUCAACCGUCAGCCCUCGCUUCACAAGGAGUCCAUGAUGGGUCACCGCGUCAAGGUCAUGCCCUACUCCACCUUCCGUCUCAACUUGUCCGUCACAUCCCCCUACAACGCCGAUUUCGACGGUGACGAGAUGAAUCUGCACGUUCCUCAGAGCGAUGAGACCCGCGCUGAAAUCCAGAACCUGUGCAUGGUGCCCAAGCAGAUUGUGUCGCCCCAAAAGAAUCAGCCUUUGAUGGGUAUCGUGCAAGACACACUUCUUGGUAUCUACAAGAUGAGUCGUCGUGACAACUUCAUCCCCAUCGAGCAAGUCAUGCCCAUCAUGAUGUGGGUUCCUGACUGGGACGGCAUUGUCCCCGAGCCGGCCAUUCUCAAGCCUCGACCUCUCUGGACUGGUAAGCAGAUCAUCAGCAUGGCUUUCCCCAGAGAAGUCAACAUUGAGAAGAAGGAGGGCGAUUCUACACCGAGCAAGGACAACGAUAUCAAGGACAAGAGUCUGAUGAUCAAGGGCGGCCAGCUCCUCUACGGCCAAGUCACCAAGAAGAUUGUCGGUGCUUCGGCUGGUGGUGUUAUUCACAUCAUCUUCAACGAGCUCGGCCCCGACGCGGCUGUCAAGUUCUUCAACGCCUGUCAGCGAAUUUGCAACUGGUGGCUUCUGCACUAUGGCUUCAGUUUCGGUGUGGGUGACACCAUCCCGGAUCCUAAAACCUCCGAAAAAAUUGCGUCCGAGAUUGCCAAGUCUAAAGUCAAGGUCGAGGAAAUCAUUGCAACUGCCACAAAGGAUCAGCUUGAGCCUCUGCCUGGUAUGACAAUCCGUGGUACUUUCGAAUCCAAGGUGCAGAAAUUCCUGAACGAAGGUCGAGAGGGUGGUGGUACUGCUGCCCAGAACAGUUUGAAGGAUUUCAACAACGUCGUCCAGACUGUCGUUUCCGGUUCCAAGGGUUCCACUGUCAACAUUUCUCAGAUGGUUGCCCUUGUCGGACAACAGGCUGUGGAGGGACAGCGUAUUCCCUUCGGCUUCAAGUACAGGUCGCUGCCACAUUUCUCAAAGGACGACUACUCACCCGAGUCUCGUGGUUUCGUCGAGAACUCAUACCUGCGCGGUCUUACACCCUCCGAGUUCUUCUUCCACGCCAUGGCUGGUCGUGAGGGUUUGAUUGACACAGCAGUCAAGACAGCCGAGACUGGUUACAUCCAACGUCGUUUGGUCAAGGCGCUUGAAGACGUAAUGGUCAAGUACGACGGAACCGUCCGCAACUCGAUGGGUGACAUUGUUGAGUUCGUCUACGGUGAAGAUGGUCUUGACGGCGCCCACAUUGAGAACCAGUCCAUGGACAUUAUCAUGUCCUCUGAGCCCGACUUUGAGGCAGGCUACAAGCUGGACGUCCUGACCACUGACCAACCAGAGAUUCCAGUCUGGAAGCUUGAGAACUCUCCCUUGUUGCAGGGCGACGUUGAGGUGCAGCGUGCUCUUGACGAAGAGUUUGAGGCAAUCAAGAGCGACCGUGAAUACCUCCGUGCGAAUGCCAGCGAAGACGAUCUUGAAUCGUUCCAGCUGCCGCUCAACAUUGCGCGCAUGAUUCGGUCUGCCCAGGCGAGAUUCGGCAUCAACCCAGAAAAGGCUGCUAGCAACCUCCAUCCCGUGGAAACCAUCAAACAGGUCCACGAGACUCUUGACCGUCUAGUUGUCAUUCGUGGAGACGACGAACUGUCUAGGGAAGCUCAGGACAGUGCCACAUACCUCUUCAAGGCUCAUCUCCGCGCACGUCUUGCUUUCAAGAAGCUUGCCGUGGAGCAUCGCCUCAGCAAAGAGGCUCUGAGCUACGUCUUGGGAGAAUUGGAGGACCGCUUCCUCAAGGCCGCCGUCGCUCCUGGUGAGAUGGUUGGUGUCCUUGCAGCCCAGUCCAUUGGUGAGCCCGCCACACAGAUGACGCUCAACACCUUCCAUUUUGCUGGUGUGUCCUCCAAGAACGUUACGCUCGGUGUGCCGCGUCUUAAGGAAAUCUUGAACAUUGCCGCAAACAUCAAGACCCCGUCUAUGCUUGUCCGCCAGGCGGAUGCCAAAGGCAGUCAGCAGCAGGCCAAGCAAUUGCGAAGCACCAUUGAACUUACAACCCUGCGCUCGCUUACCCAGGCUGUCGAGCUCUACUACGACCCAGACAUUCAAUCCACACUUGUCGAGGAAGAUCAGGACAUGGUUGAGUCGUACUUUAUCCUACCUGAAGAAGACGAGGUCAUCGAGUCGCAGUCCAAGUGGUUGCUUCGUAUCAUCCUCGACCGCAAGAAGCUGCUGGACAAGAGCAUCACCAUCGGAGAAGUUGCUGGCAAGAUCAAGGAAGAGUUCAAGCCAAACCUGGCAGUCAUCUUCAGUGACGAGAACGCCGACGAGCAGGUUAUGCGUGUCCGCUUCAUCUGGGAUCAAAACCUGCAAAAGGACGACGAGGAUGAGGACGAGCGAGACGAGCGAUGGAUGCGCAAGCUGGAGAAGCAUCUUCUUGACGACGUCACCCUUCGUGGUGUUCGUGGUGUUGAGCGUGCUUUCAUUCGAGAGCACAUUGUCACUGUCGAGAGGGAAGACAGGGCCCUAUUGCACUCCAAGAGCAACGAUCUGUGCAAGGAAUGGGUUCUCGACACUACCGGUACUGCCCUGGCUGAAGUCCUCGCCAUUGAAGGUGUGGAUGCCACCAAGACAUACUCCAACUCGUUCAUUGAAAUUCUUGGUGUGCUCGGUAUCGAGGCAGCUCGAGCUGGUCUUCUCAAGGAACUGGGCAUGGUUUUGUCCUUUGACGGUUCGUACGUCAACCACCGUCACAUGGCAUUGCUUGUCGACAUCAUGUGCCAACGCGGUCUUCUCAUGGCCAUCACACGUCACGGUAUCAACCGCAACGACACUGGUGCUCUGAUGCGUUGUUCGUUCGAAGAGACUGUUGAAAUUCUACUCGAAGCUGCUGGCUUCGGUGAGCUCGACGAUUGUCGUGGUGUGUCUGAAAACAUCAUGCUUGGUCAGCUUGCACCUAUGGGUACUGGAGAAUUCGAUGUCGUCAUGGAUAACGCUAUGCUUCUCACCAUGGUUGAGGACAACUCCAAGGUCAUGGGCGGUGCUGCUGGCGCCGGCAACUACAUGCCCGGUGGUGGAGAGACGCCGUACGAUUUGGGCUCACCCAUGUUCGAGGGUACUAUUGGCAUGGGCUCCUUUGAUCAGGUCUCCUUUUCGCCCAUUGCGGCCGCUGGAGGUGGCGAUGAUCAGGGCGCCUUCACAGCCUACGCAGGUAGCUACGGCAGUGGUGGUUUCAGCCCAUUCGACGGAGGCAGAAGCCCAGGAGGCUCAGGCUUCAGUGGCAUGUCUCCAGGUUUCACCAGCCCGGUGUCACCAGGCUUCUCUCCCACCUCGCCUGGCUACUCGCCCACGUCUCCCGGAAUUGCCAGCCCUCGCUUUGCUGCUACAUCCCCAGGAUACAUGGCAUCUCCUACAUCGCCCCACUACUCCCCGACGUCUCCACGAUAUGGUUCUCCUACAUCGCCGUCGUACUCGCCCACGUCUCCAGCUGGUUACUCGCCCACGUCACCUCAGUACUCACCAACAUCACCCAAUUACAGUCCGACGUCUCCCACGUUCAUGGGUGGUGCUACGUCACCCGCGUACAGCCCGACUUCGCCACAAUACAGCCCUACAUCGCCACAGUACAGCCCCACGAGUCCGCAAUACCAGGCGGGAAGCGACCGCCGCUCACCUACCUCUCCUACGUCACCCCAGUACAGCCCCACAUCCCCUCGAUACUCGCCCACUAGCCCAGCGGGAGCAUUCUCCCCAACCUCUCCAAGAUACAGCCCGACUUCUCCGGGCCCGGCAUACUCUCCCACGUAA